AUGAAGGACCUCGAGGGGCAAAUGGACUGGUAUAAUGAGUUGAAGGAUUUGGAUAACAGUGCAAUGGACCAGAUGCAUUGGAGGAUAGUGGAUCUGGAGGAGCUGCGUUCCGAACCUAGAACUGGAGAUUCGAAGAAGCGCAAGCCUGAGAGCUCAAAGAAGAAUCUCGAAGAGGAACGUGGGAAGAAACAUAGCUUGGAGAAAGCAUGUGUAGCUAACCCUAGAGAAUCGGGAAAAGAUAAUGACGGAGAUGGUAGAGGUAGUCCUGAGAAGAAGACUCACGGUGAUGGACAAGAGAAGUGCACCAGAUGUGGCCGAAUCAGAUAUGUAACUCCCAAGUGUUAUGCUAAGAGUACAUUGGAUGGAUUUACGCUCGAAGGAUGCUUCGUGUGUGGUGAGCAAGGACACUACAAAAGAGAUUGCCCGAAACUAAAAGGAUAG